GCGCACGGGAAGCGCGCGCGCCUAGGAAGCGGCAGCAUUAAACGGUUGCAGGCGCAGCAAGUUGGUAGUCGCUUCCCUGUGGGUCCUCGCUGCCACUUCUGCAUCGCGGACCGGGAUACCUUAGCGGUCAGACCUCGCGCCUGUCACUGUCUCUAGCAUCCAGUCUCCGCCACGAUGUUCGAGGCUCGCCUGGUCCAGGGCUCCAUCCUGAAGAAGGUGUUGGAGGCUCUCAAAGACCUCAUCAACGAGGCCUGCUGGGACAUCAGCUCGGGCGGCGUGAACCUACAGAGCAUGGACUCUUCGCACGUCUCCUUGGUGCAGCUCACUCUGCGCUCCGAAGGCUUCGACACAUACCGCUGCGACCGCAACCUAGCCAUGGGCGUGAACCUCACCAGCAUGUCUAAAAUACUGAAAUGUGCUGGUAAUGAAGACAUCAUUACACUAAGGGCCGAAGAUAAUGCUGAUACCUUAGCGCUCGUAUUUGAAGCACCAAAUCAAGAGAAAGUUUCAGACUAUGAAAUGAAGUUAAUGGACUUGGAUGUUGAGCAACUUGGAAUCCCUGAACAGGAGUACAGCUGUGUAGUAAAGAUGCCUUCUGGUGAAUUUGCACGCAUAUGCCGAGAUCUUAGCCAUAUUGGAGAUGCUGUUGUAAUAUCCUGUGCAAAGGAUGGGGUGAAGUUUUCUGCAAGUGGCGAGCUUGGAAAUGGAAACAUUAAGUUGUCACAGACAAGUAAUGUUGAUAAAGAGGAGGAAGCUGUAGCCAUAGAGAUGAAUGAGCCAGUUCAGCUAACUUUUGCACUGAGGUACCUGAACUUUUUCACAAAAGCCACUCCACUGUCUCCUACAGUAACACUCAGUAUGUCUGCAGAUGUACCCCUUGUUGUAGAAUAUAAAAUUUCUGACAUGGGACACUUAAAGUAUUAUUUGGCUCCCAAGAUUGAAGAUGAAGAAGGAUCUUAGGCAUUGCUAGAAUCUGAGAAAACCAAGCCUUUGAGAACUACUUCUGAGAUGCCAGCAUGUUUUGAAGUCUUUUCUGUCACUGAGUUUGUACCUGAGUACAUAUGUAGAUAUCUUCUGUAAAUAACCUGCUUUUUUUCUCUAUUCUCCACCAUUUGUUUAAAGAAUAAACUCAAAGUAAGAACUGGUUCUUUUAACAUAAAUAUUUCUGCCUUAGAAAUAACUGGUGGUUUUUAUAAAGGAUGUUGAUGCUGAAUGCAGUAUCAAGAAAUGUUAUUCAAUUUAAAUAAAGUUAACUGAAUUUCAAAAGUCAAA